CGUUGGGAGGAGAGGGGGUUUGGUGUGGAAGAAGCAGAAAUGGCCAGCAAAGUGGUGGAUCUGGUAUACUGGCGGGAUGUGGGGACCACCGGGCUGGUGUUUACAGGUUUGGUUGUGGGUUUGGCUAGUUUGUUCCAGCUCAGUGCCAUCACGAUCCUGUCCAAUCUCGGUUUAGGCAUCAUGGCCUUUACUCUCCCUGUACGCUUGCUUUACAAAGCCAUGAUGCUUGUCCGCCUCAGUGAUGGAUCUCAUCCUUUUCAGUCAUAUUUGGAUGAGGACCGUACGCUGACAGAUGAGGACACAGUUCGCAUAGCGGAACAAAUCGUUCUGCUGAUUGCUACGGCUGUCACCGAGCUGAAGAGGCUGUUCUUCAUCGAUAGCAUCAUGGACUCAGUGAAGUUUGUUGUGUUCCUGUAUUUGUUGACCUAUGUGGGGGUCCAAGCCAAUGGUCUCACGCUGUUGAUGACCGGUGUGAUAUGUGCCUUCUCUCUGCCACUGUUGUACAGACUUCAACAGAAAAGGAUCGACAAGAUUGUCAAAGCAAUCAAAAAACUUGUAGAAAAAGGCACUGAAAUAGUUGAUCUUGUGAUUUCACUGGCCAAACCUCCACCAGCCCCAGGCCCAGCACCUUCCCCUGCCCCCACAGCAAAACAUAAACAGAAGACUAAAUGAAUGGGAGGGAGAGAGAGAGAGAGAGAGAGAGAGAGAGAGAGAGAGAUGGGGGUGAGGAGCAGAAAUGUGGAGUACACUGAACAAACAAAGUCUUACACUGCAGCUGUAGCCCUGUGAGUUCAGCAGGGUCGGGGGUUUGGGGGUUAUGAAGGAGCGUUAUGUUUUACAGUACGUUUCUUACGGUGCUAGGAGAUUCUUCAAUAGGUCUUCUGAAAAGAAUUAAACAACAGGCUUCUUCUUGAAGCACACUUCAGUCAAGAGAAGUCCAGGUGUAUGUCUAAUGUAUUCAUUUAACUCAAACUGUCAAACAGCUGUGUAUUAUUUAUAAUUAUUGGUUCAUUUUGCCAGACAAGGCUUUUUUUCUACUGAUUUUCAUAGGAAAAGUUGGACCUAGUGACAGUUGCUAGUAUGUUUUUGUCCACUAGAGGGAACAAUGAGACCAUACAAUCAUAGCAGUUCUGGGUCAGGACAGCAUGUUGCAGAAAUUCUGUCAUCUAAAUUUAACAUUUUUUGACAAUUACAGUUUCCACUGGGAUUGUGCUUAUAAUUCAGGCUUUAAUAUUUAAUACUUAAUGUUUCAAAUUACAGAGCAAUUCAAAACUAAUUUAUAAAUCGCUUUAAAACAAGUCAUGUUUUGCUUCCCUGACUUUGUACGUCUUUUGUGCAACAUGACCCCCAGUAAACACGUUUUCAAUGUUAUUUGCCUUUUUUGUAGCCUAUCUGACAACAUACAAAACAUCACAUCAUAUAUUUUCGGCCUUGCACAGAAAUGCUUCUUUUGUGGGAAAUAAGCAGCUGCUAAGGAUGCAAACUCCUUCGAGAAGAGUCCUAGGAACAGCAAUUUGAAAACAUUCAGUUACAUACUGUUUGCAGAUGACAUUCUAAUGCUGAACAGAAACAAAUAUAGGAUGCCUUUUGAUGUGCAAAUACUUUCAUGCCAGAAUGGUGAUAAACAAAAUCUGGUAAUUGUCUUCACAGGCUUUUAAGAGAGUAUCUGUACCAUCCAUAAAAUGACAUUGCUUCAAAAUUUAUGGAGGAAACUGUUUAGAAAGCACGAAAAGAACAUCUCGCACACUACGGGAAGACAGUUUCAUGCGCACUGCAGGAACACUCAGGGAUGCAAGGAAAAAUAGCAAUACUCCACUGACAAGAACAGUGGCACUCAGAGGAACAUUUUGUAUUCAUUGCUGUUUUAAAUAACCUACUUCAGGCUUACUUCAGCUUUAAACAGCCCCUGUGUGUCACUGUUUGUUAAAUGGCAGUAGUGGGAAAUCUCUAAAUGAGGAUAUGAGGAAAAAUUACAUUUUAGAAG